AUGUCUUUAACAAACUGUCGGUUCUAUGAGGACAAGUAUCCGGAGGUGGAUAGCUUCGUCAUGGUGAAUGUCAAGCAGAUCGCCGAGAUGGGCGCAUACGUGAAGCUGCUUGAAUAUGACAACAUCGACGGCAUGAUUCUCCUCUCAGAACUCUCUCGCAGACGUAUUCGCAGUAUCCAAAAGCUCAUCCGUAUUGGGCGCAACGAGGUCGUCAUCGUGCUUCGUGUCGACAAGGAGAAAGGCAAGGAUACACUAUUCGUCUGGAAGAACGCGAGAACUAACUUUGCACUCCAUCAUGCGCCACGUCGCAGAGGCGACUCAGACCCCCUCGAGUCCCUAUACGAGAACAUUGGGUGGCCUUUGAACCAGAAAUACGGCCACGCGCACGACGCCUUCAAGAUCUCGAUUACGAACCCCAACGUCUGGGAUGAGAUCACCUUCCCCAGCGAUGCCGUCAAGAGUGAGCUGCAGCAAUACAUCAACAGCAAGCUGACCCCCCACCCUACCAAGGUCCGUGCCGAUAUCGAGGUUACCUGCUUCGGUUACGAUGGAAUCGAUGCCGUCAAGGAUGCCCUCCGUACCGCCGAGGCCGACAACACCCCUGAGAACCAGAUCAAGGUCAGACUGGUGGCUCCUCCUCUCUACGUCCUGGCCAGCCAAUGUCUCGACAAGACCCUCGGUGUCAAGUUGCUUGAGGAGGCCAUUGUGAAAAUCGAAGAGCGUAUCAAGGCGCACGGCGGUAGCUGCACUGUGAAGAUGGCACCCAAGGCCGUCACUGAGCACGAUGAUGCGAUCCUCCAGGAGCUUAUGGAGAAGCGCGAGCGUGAGAACACCCAGGUCAGCGGAGAUGAAGACUCCGAAAGUGAUGAGGGUGUUCCCGAGUAA